GCCCGAGACAGACUCUCUCGCGGCUCUCCCCCUGCCCCCCACCGCCUCGUGCCGUCCGCCGCCAUGGGCGACCCGCCGGCGCUCAAGAGGCCCAAGCUCGAGAAGGACGACCACGACUCCGCCUACUGCCCCCGCCCCUCCGCCAAUGGCACCGCGCCCGUACCCCCGGCCGCCUCCGCCGCCGCGAGCGGGGCGCCGCCGAACGACGAGGAUGAGGAGGCCAUGGCGGAGGAGGCGGUCGUCGCCCUCGUCGCGCACCGCGAGCGCGACGUAGAGCGCUGCAAGCUCAAGCUGCUCCACUACCAGUCCCUGCUGGACUCCGCGGAGAUGAAGCUGGCCGAGGCGCAGGCGCGGCUCGCGCGGUACAAAGAUCGCAAGCCGCCGCCGCCGAGCCAGAGGGAACCCAAGCCACCGCUGCAGCCAAUCCAGAGGGACCCCAAGGCCUCGCCGCUGCCAGAGAAGAAGGCUCCCGCGACCGCGCCGCAGCCAGCGGGAAGGCCGCAGCUUGUCAUCCCCGGGGCCAACAACCGACCGGCGCCGCGCCCAGAGCCCAUGCCUGGAUUGAAGAAGGCCGCCGCCCCACCAUCCUCUUCAUCGCCUGUGCUGCCGCCGCCAGAGCGGUCAAGGAAAGAAGAGAAGAAGCCCAAGAGAAAGAUUGAAGAGAAGGAGCAUCAGAACUUGAUUCCGAGUGUCAAGAAAUCGUCUGCAACGGUGCUCAAAUUUCAAGGUGGCACUUUGGUCUCCAGCCAACACAAGAGGAAGCUUAGGUGUCUUGAGCUAUGCCCUUCUAAUGAUCAGCUUGUUGUAACCAGUGCAUUGGAUGGAUUGGUUACUCUGUGGCAGGUGGAGCCAAGAGGACCUUCUGUCUCAUUUCGUGGCAAAACAGAUUGCUUUUCCCCAAAGCAUAGAUGGCCUGAAGAUAUAGCUUGGCAUCCAGAUGGUGACAAAAUAUUUGCUGUAUACACUGCUGAUAAUGGUGAUUCUCAGGUUUCAAUGGCAAACCUUAUAUCAGGACAAAGGAAAGUUACUUUCCUACCAGAGAAACCUCACACGAAGGGGAUCAUAAACAACAUAACUUUCAUGCCCUGGUCUGAUGCAUGCUUUGUAACUGCGGGAAGUGACCAUGCUGUUAUACUCUGGGAAGAUAAAGAUGAUUCAUGGAAACCCAAGAGAGUGCACAAGGAUUUCCAUUCUUCUGCUGUCAUGGGAGUUGCUGGAUUGCAACAGAAAAAAACAAUAUUAUCAGUUGGCUGUGACAAGAGGAUAAUAGGAUUUGAUCUCUCUGCUGGAAGGACAGAGUUCAAGAACCUAAUUGAUAGCAAAUGCAUGAGCGUAUUAUUAAAUCCAUGCGAUUUCAACUUAUACAUGGUACAGGCAGGGGCGCCAGGCAGGCAGCUUCGCUUGUUUGACAUCAGGCUUAGGCAGACUGAGAUUCAUGCAUUUGGUUGGAAGCAAGAGAGCAGCGAGUCUCAGUCAGCUCUAAUUAACCAGUCAUGGUCUCCCGAUGGCUGGUAUUUGUCAUCUGGCUCUGCAGACCCUGUGAUCCACAUCUUCGACAUCAGGUAUCAUGGCCAGAACCCAUGCCAAUCUGUUCAGGCGCACCAGAAGCGAGUGUUCAAGGCUGUUUGGCACCAAACAUUGCCAUAUCUAACCUCCAUAUCAUCAGACCUUAAUGUUGGAAUCCACAAGUAUUCAUGAAGUGCCAUCACAUUUUGUUCUGGUUUUGCUGCUCAGAAAUGGCUUUUGUCGUGACAUAGUAAUGUUUCAGAAAGGCAUGGGAAAGUUGUUUCCCCAAGGAUUUUGUACUGAUCUUGGUUAAGGAGUAGAGGAUCAGUUGAAGAAUUGAAGAAGUACAAGAUCAUGAAUUUUCAGUGCUAGGUGCAAUUUGAGCUAGUUUCGCUGGCCCUGCUAGCCCCUUGGGUUUCAGUUUGGUAGACCGAUGAAGUUGAGGUAGAGCCUCACAGUUUGGAAGUUUUGAUCCUGCUGGUUGAAACAUUUCCGCCUUCUGAGUUGCUGAGACUGGGACUGCUAGGCUGUUGUGUUCUCCAAUGUGCCACUGCCAGAGUGGCAUGCAUCUGAAAACACUUCAGCUGCAUGUUUUGCCCUCAUCUGUGACUGCAUUUUUGCAGUUUUGCCCUUGUAAUGUCGAGCGAAAGGAAGAAAAUACUAAUGUAUACGAAGGUGCCUCCUGCUAGGUUUUGUAUUCUGUAUUACUAUUCUGGCACCUGACCUUCUGCCCCCGUUCUUUUUAUGACGGGUUCUUUCAUGUUUGGACCAUACCAUGCUAUGUUUUUUGGUUU